GGCUGCAGCAAGCGCGGCGCCGAGCAUGGCGAGCGCGGCGGGAGCCGUUCCGUGCGGGGCGGUCGAGAGCCUUCAGCGGAAGAUGUCGCUGCGGAGAUGUGAACUCUGUAAUACAGAAGCAGCAAAAUACAGAUGCCCUCGAUGUAUGAAAUAUUCAUGCAGUUUGGCUUGUGUAAAAAAACAUAAAGCUUUAUACAGCUGUAAUGGAAUCAGAGAAAAAGCGGCCUUUGUUUCAGUGAAUGAGUUCAGCAACUUAACUCUUCUAAGUGAUUAUCGAUAUCUAGAAGACGUGGGAAGAAUGACUGACCGAGCUGCUCGAGAUACUAUUUCUCAUAAACCCAAAAGCAAUCGAUUUGUAAACUUUCUGAGAAACCGAGCUCGGAGGUGCAAGAUCUGCUUGCAAACUUUACCGAUUGGCUUCACAAAGAGACGAGAGAAUUCUACUUUCUAUAGCAAUAAGGAACAAAAGUUCUACUGGCACUUGAAGCUUAUAUUUCCUCAGAGUCAUGCUAAAUUCACAGAACAAAGGGUCCCAGAUGAUAAACCUUUGUGUGAUAUUUUGAAGACAUAUAUUGAUCCUCAAGAAGCUGAUCCUGUCAAGCAGCAAAGAUUAAAAAUCUACACAGUGUCUCCCCAGUCAGACAUACAAAUUUUGUUGAAAGUAGAAAAUAGGCCUCAUAAUUCUAUCAGGUAUCAAGAAUUGGAUGCCAAUAAAAGCCUUCUGGACAAUUUGAAAGGGAAGGUUGUCAUUGAAUAUCCAACUCUGCAUGUGGUAUUGCGGAAAUUCACAACAGAUAUGGUGAUUCUUGGCCAGAAUGUAAACAAAGAAAUCAAUACACCUAACGAAGAGAUGAUUAAGGAAAGGUAUUCUGAGGAAGAAGGGGAAAUCCACGAUAGCUCCUGAAGAUAUCAGUGGAAUACAGAUUGAAGUAUUUUAUAUUACACUUACCAUUUUUAGGACGUAUUCAGCAAGUAUAUUUGUUUUGAAUUUUAUUUUUUGUAUUAAAAAAAUCAAAAUCUAUAAUCACUGAAAGGCAGUACAGACUGAACAAAUAAAUUCAAUAAAGAUUAAAAGAUCAAGUGUGUAAUAGGGUU